CCGCCUCCGCCCUCGGCCCUCCACCCUCCGAGCUGCCUCCCGGUGUGGGUGCGGGCGCUCCAGACCCGAAGAGCCAUGGCUGCGCUCGGCUGCUCCAGGCUGCGCUGGGCGCUGCUGGGCCAGCGAAUGGCCGGCUGCGGUCUCUGCCCGCCCGGGGCCAGAGCCAAGGCCGCCCUGCCCACCGCCGUCCCGACCGCCGACGACCCCGGGGCCGGGCCCGGCCAGCCGAGGCUGCAGAGCUGGGAGCAGCUGGCCGGGCCGGGGCCGCUGCAGUUCUUCUUCCACCUGUUCGUGCGAGGGUAUGUUCUGCAUCUGCACAAGCUCCAGACCCUAUACAAGGCCAAGUAUGGCCCAAUGUGGAUAAGUCACCUCGGGCCUCAGCUUCAUGUGAACUUGGCCAGUGCCCCACUCGUGGAGCAAGUGAUGCGACAAGAAAGCAAGUACCCAGUGCGGAAUGACAUGGAUUUAUGGAAGGCACACCGGGACUUGCAUGGCCUGGCCUACGGACCCUUCACCAUAAACGGGCACGGCUGGUACCAGCUGCGCCAGGCCCUGAACCAGCGGAUACUGAAGCCGACAGAGGCUGCGCUCUAUACAGAGGCCCUGAAUGAGGUCAUAGAUGACUUCCUGGUCAGGCUGAAGCAGGUGCGAGCAGACAGUGCGUCUGGGGACCAGGUGUCUGAUGUGGCUCACCAACUGUACGACUUUGCCUUGGAAGUCAUUUGCUACAUCCUGUUUGAGAAGCGCGUGGGCUGCCUGAGGCACCCCAUCCCGCCGGACACCAAGGCCUUCAUCCACUCUGUCCAGCUCAUGUUCCAGAAUUCCAUCUAUGUCACCUUCCUCCCCAAGUGGACCCAGUCACUUCUGCCCUUCUGGGGCCGCUACCUCGAGGGCUGGAACAACAUCUUCUCUUUUGGGAAGAAGCUGAUUGACCAGAAGCUCCAGGAGAUAGAGGCCCAGCCGCAGACAGAGGGCCAGACGUCUGGCUACCUGCACUUCCUGCUGAGCAACGGCCUGCUCAGCCCCCAUGAGGCCCUGGGCAGCCUGCCGGAGCUACUCCUGGCUGGCGUGGACACGACAUCCAAUACGCUGACGUGGGCCCUGUACCACCUUUCUAAGGACCAGGAGAUCCAGAAGACCUUGCACAAGGAGGUGGUGGGUGUGGUGCCUGCUGGGCAGGUGCCCCGGUACACCGAUUUUGCCCACAUGCCUCUGCUCAGAGCUGUGAUUAAGGAGACACUGCGCCUUUACCCCGUGGUGCCUGUGAACUCCCGGAUCGCUGUAGAAAAGGAGGUCAAAGUUGGUGGCUUCGUCUUCCCCAAGAACACCCAGUUUGUGUUCUGCCACUAUGUGGUAUCCCGGGACCCCAGCACCUACCCAGAUCCAGAGAGCUUCCAGCCCCAGCGCUGGCUGCGGAAGGGCCAGGCCAAGGACAGCGCCAAGACUCAUCACCCAUUCGGCUCUGUUCCCUUCGGCUACGGCGUCCGGGCCUGCAUGGGCCGCAGGAUCGCAGAGCUGGAGAUGCACCUGCUGCUGACUAGGCUGAUCCAGAAGUACCAGGUGGUCCUGGCCCCUGAGACCCGGGAGGUGAAGGACGUAGCCCGAAUCGUCCUCGUUCCCAACAAGAAGGUGGGCCUGCGCUUACUGCAGAGAUAGGCUCUCUGUCCUAUCUGCGUGUCCCAGGCCAGUGAUGCGCGAUUGCAGCCUUUCUAAGCGGAGAAGCAGAGAGAAAGCUGGAGAAACUCACCGCGCUUCCCAGAGACCCCUGAGCUAUGUCCAUAUUCAUCUUUCUGAGCAUCUUGCUUUCGGAUCGCAAGCUUGCCCCUUGUCACAUGCUCCCCUGGGGGGUGGGAGGGGACAGAAUAAAGGGAUGCUCAUUGAUACUUGAA